AUGGAGGGAAAUGGUGGGGUCCCACUGGUGCUAGUGGUGACCAGUGUUGGAAGCCUCCCAUCCGCUGGCUAUGGUUUCAAAGGGAAAACCUUAGACUUUAAGGGAAAUGAGGAGAUUAUCGACUUUCCGUCUUUGCCCCCUCUCCCACCCAUACCGCGAUUGCCUUCAUUACAUUAUGGCCCACCAUCUGCCAAGUAUGGGCCAGAUCUAGGUGUAUUGGAAGGGAAACGGCCCCGUCAAAAGCCAGCUGGACGUCAGGGGAAGAAAGCGAAAUUUCCCAAACCUGUCUACACAAAAUGGACCCCUCUCUUGCCCGGUGAUUGCUGUGGAGAGACACCAUGGAUACCCCUGAAGGGCAAAUCCAGCUCCCCAUAUCGAGUGACCAAGGUCCAAAAGUUGACUAAGACGGGAGCAUCGAAGCAAUUGUACGAUUCGGGAAUUCAAGGGGUGCAGUCUUACCGAUUCUUAGUUAAUGGACAAGGUAAUGUCGAGAACCUUCCUCCUCCCGGCUAUCAAGCAGGAUUAAAACCAAACGUCCAGGUAUCCAUUAUCGAAGAAGAAGAGUAUGCACCAGUUGGGGCACUUGAUGUACCGAUACCACCGCCAUCUUCAUAUGGCAGCGAAGCCGUAGUUGAGUUGAGUAAACCUGCACCCUAUGACGUCUCAUCACCUUUAACCUCUCCUAUCCCGAUCAACUACAACAGCCAGCACUUGGGAGGACGUAAGGAGCAACCACGAUACCCACAGGCACAGAAGCAAGAAAUACUAUAUGGAGGACCACAGCCACAGCAAAUCCAGGAAUAUGAAGCUCUUGGUCAGAAUGCGGGGCCUCAAGGACAACAAUAUAAAGCGCCUGAAGAAGUAAUAUACAAAGCUCCUCCACUGGUACAGUAUCAGGAACAGAGAUUUGAGGCUCCAAGGCAGGUGGCGCGACCUGUGGAACAGAAGACUGAAGUUCCCAGAGAGCAGUUCCAGUUCGGGCAACAGAAGAUUGAAGUUCCCAGAGAGGAGUUCCGGUUCGAGCAACAGAGCUAUGAAGCUCCCAGGCAUGAAGUGCAAUUCAAGCAGCAAAGGUUUGAAGCUCCCAGACAGGAGGUGCGAUACGAACAGCAAAGGAUUGAAGCUCCCAGACAGGAGGUGCAAUUCGAACAGCAAAGAUAUGAAACGCAUGGGCAGGAGGAGCAAUUCGAACAGCAAAGGUUUGAAGCUCCCAGACAGGAGGUGCGAUACGAACAACAAAGGUUUGAAGCUCCCAGACAGGAGGUGCGAUACGAACAACAAAGGUUUGAAGCUCCCAGACAGGAGGUGCGAUUCGAACAGCAAAGGAUUGAAGCUCCCAGACAGGAGGUGCGAUUCGAACAGCAAAGAUAUGAAACGCAUGGGCAGGAGGAGCAAUCCGAAGAGCAAAGGUUUGAAGCUCCCAGACAAGAGGUGCGAUUCGAACAGCAAAGGUUUGAAGCUCCCAGACAGGAGGUGAGAUUCGAACAGCAAAGACAUGAAGCUCCCAGACAAGAGGUGCGAUUCGAACAGCAAAGGUUUGAAGCUCCCAGACAGGAGGUGCGAUUCGAACAUCAAAGAUAUGAAGCUCCCAGACAGGAGGUGCGAUUCGAACCUCAAAGAUAUGAAGCUCAUAGGCAGGAGGAGCAAUCCGAAGAGCAAAGAUUCGAGAUCCAAAGGCAACAGCACGAACAACAAAGGUUUGAGGCUCCAAGACAAGAAAUCAGAUAUGAAGAGGAAAGAUACGAGGAACCUAGGCAGGAGGAAAGGCAUGAAGGGCUCAGACAGAGAUACGAAGGGCAGAGAGAAGUGUUCUUACAUACCAACCAAGCUGAAGGCCAAAGAUUCGAUGCAUCAAGAGAAGAAGUGGGCUAUGAGGGAAAUCAAAGACGUGAAGAGCCCAUAGAAAAGUUGAUUGUGUACAAUGCACCCAGGGAAGAGGGUCGCUUCGAUGUGAGUAGGGAAGAGGGUCGCUACGAUGGGAGUAGGGAAGAAGGUCGUUUCGAUGGUAGCAGGGAAGAGGGUCGCUUCGAUGUGAGUAGGGAAGAAGGACGCUACGAUGGGAGCAGGGAAGAAGUAACAUUUGGACAGGCACAAGGACAGCGUCUAAUUCAGACGGAAUACUUUCCUGAUCGACCCGAUGUGAGAGGAAAUUUCCUGCGUUUGGAGGGUCCAAGUGAAAGGCCUUUGGCACCGGCAGGAGUGGAAAUAGAAUACCGGGGAUUCGGUUCGUCGGAAUCUCACGAACAGGGAAGAGGAAGAGGAGGACAGAGAGAAGAAGAUUAUAGUGAGUAUGGAUUCCGUGAAGACGUCGUUCAAGUUCCCCUCUUCAAUCGCAUUGAGGCAGCCCGCCUUCAGGAACUCAGGUACUCGGGAAGACAGGAGCAGUCUCAGGAAACGUACAGCGGUGUGUUUUCGACGACGACAACAACGACACCAGCGCCCAUCCUGUCUUCCACGCCUCUACCUACAUCCUCUACUUACAGAUCAGCAGUGGAGGGUGACGGGAAUCUCAGUGUUGCCAAUAAAGGAGAAUUUGGCAUUAAAGUACCGUCACGUUCACGUUUUAGGGGUUCGACGACGUCGAGACUGCUGACAACGACGACACCGGUGACGUCGACAGAGGCACGAAGUCCAUUGCCACAGGCUGUGGUCCUUCAAGAGGCACUUGAUAGUUCCUAUAUCAACAAAUUCCCCGAAGCCGGAGCUGCAGAGGAUUUCCAAGUCGACCCGGGAGAGCAGCAGAUCGUGGAGGAUAACCUCUUCGAGAUUCGAAAAGUCUGA